CAGAAUGCGAUAAACGGUCAUAGAGAACGCGCGCCACAGAGCUACAAUUCCCAAUUCCAUCGACAAAGUAUUACUCUUCAGUAAAACAUACUGUUCGAUGCUCAUCGAAUAAUAUUAACGGCUAAUUGACAACCGAAAAAGAAAACGUAAUUAAAUUGUUGCUGUCAAAUACCAAAUUUUACAUACACAAUCAGAAAAAAGGCUGAAACUAUUGUGAAUUCAAAUUCGUGUGUGUGUGUGUUUUUUUUCAACAAAUAUUUGUUUUCUAAAUAAUUUGUGCUUAUCAUCGGUAAUCACGUUAUUAGUUUCUGGUCAUAGCAUCAGAAAUUUUUCCACUACACACCAUAGGCCGUGCAAAGGCACAUGAACAACAACAACAACAACGAAAAACUGAAAGUUUCAAAGUGAUAAGUAAUAUUUCAAAGAUUUAUUGUGUAGUGUGUAUCAAUAAAAAUAAAGGAACAAACAAAAAUAGCCAAAAAUUGGUGAUAACUAUUUUGAACGUUUUGCAAGUGACCACAGUGAGAAUCACAUACAAUUUUAACAAGAUUAGAUGUCUAUUAUUCACGACAAAAUAAAUGAUGAAGUCAGUGAAUAAAAAAGUCGAAUAAAUAAGUAUACCGACACUGUUCAAAUUCGUUGGCAAAAAAUACGAUUAAAAAAAGUGCUGAUCUCGCUCUAAUUUUGUUGAAACCAAUUGUCACAAUUUGAAUUGAAAAUCUCACUGACGGUGAGACACAUCAACAGACAUACAAAAUAAAAAGUAACAUCGCAAUUUGAGAGUGUGAAAGACACGGUAAAUGAUGAGAAAAGAAAAAAAAUUGCGUUGAGACUGAUGUUUAUGUGUAUGCGUGAAAUGCGAGAACCUAGGUCAAUUUUAUUUGUAUAGAGAGUGCUAAUAUUACCAGCUCGUUUCUUUUUUUUUCUCGUUGUUUUAUUUUUGGCGUAAUGUUCGCACAAACAAAUUCGAAUAAAUCAUAAGAAAUAUUUGACUAAUCGUAAUUUAUUUGAAGAAAACAUUUUUCGCAUGAAUUGAAUGAGUCAGGGUGAAAGACAGCAUAAAACGUGUAUCAAAUGUAUUGAAGACAGACAGAGAUUUAUCGCAUUAAAUUCGGUUUUGUUAAAACGUCUCUUUCUCUCGUUCUUUGUAGCGGCCGUGUAUACUAACAGUCGCUAGAUUUUUUGUUAUUCGAAUUUUGUCGGUUUGGGUGACUUUUUUUUGUUAACGCAUAUGCUGGCUCCACUUUUUGCCGACAUUCAUCGCAUCGCAUUCGCCAAAAAGGUUAAUGAAUUGUGUUGCCGAAUUCGUUCGAGUGUGUGCGUGUUAUUUCUUCGGCACUUUUGCGUCUGUAACGUGAUUUCUGCGUGAACGAAAACAUCAAAAGAGAAAAGAUAAAGUCUGCUUUUGUUUUAAAGACAAGAAACGACGACAGGCCAAUUCAAGAACAUAAUAACGAAAAGGAACAGACAAAUAAUCAUAAUAAUAAUAAAGUAUAGUUAGAAUAAAAGUGCUUCGUUCACAUUGGAAAGGCCGUCUAACGCACACGAUCGUACCACACUCACAUCAGAUCGCUGAUAGUGUUGCCAAAAAAAAACAAAAACUAUACAGCUUUCAACAGCCCAUUUGGGCAAACGACCGUCUGUGCGGAUUUCCAUUGGCUACACAUUUUUCUCUCUCAUUUUGAGCCAACGACAUUCUUCUUUUUGUGUUUGCUGUACGGCGUCAAUGAAUGCCGAAUUCAAUUUUGACGGUGGCCACUGAAACGAUUUCGCUGAAAUUGCCUUGGGCAAAAUAUUUUACCAUCGAUAGCGCAGGUGAAAAAAACGACAUGGUUUAUUACACAUCAGUCAAAACAGAGCGCCAUUCAGUGAAUAGUGCAGAUUUGCAUCAAGUUACAAAUCUUUCAAGUAAUAAUCAAAACGAAACACAAUUAUACAAUAUAAGUAGCAGCAAUAUGACUGAUCCAAAUAUGUUGGGCGAUUCAUCGAAAACAAUGAUCACAUUGACGAAUGUAACACGACCACAGCAGCAGCAGCAGCAACCACAACAAACAACGCCAAUCUCAACGACAACGAAUACAACCUCGACAAAGCAACAGUUUAAAUGCGAUCAAUGUAAUAUGUUUUUCGGUAGCAAAAGUGCCCACACGAGUCACAUGAAAUCACAUGCAAAAACAAAUGGAACUCGUGCAAAUGGUACGAAUGGAUCGGCCACAAAUUCAAGUGAUCCAUAUCAAUGUGAUGUGUGCAAGAAAACAUUUGCCGUGCCAGCACGUUUGGUUCGACACUAUCGCACCCACACCGGUGAACGACCAUUCGAGUGCGAAUUUUGUCAUAAAAUGUUCAGUGUCAAGGAAAAUCUGCAAGUGCAUCGACGCAUUCAUACUAAAGAACGUCCAUACAAAUGCGACCGUUGCGGUCGGGCAUUUGAGCACAGUGGCAAAUUGCAUCGUCACAUGCGUAUUCACACAGGAGAACGACCCCAUAAAUGCUCUGUCUGCUCAAAGACAUUCAUCCAGUCUGGCCAACUUGUUAUCCACAUGCGAACACAUACAGGCGAAAAGCCGUACAAGUGUCCAGUCGAAGGAUGCGGCAAAGGAUUCACAUGCUCGAAACAAUUGAAAGUUCAUUCGCGUACUCAUACGGGUGAAAAACCAUACCAUUGCGACAUUUGUUUCAGAGACUUUGGAUACAAUCACGUGCUUAAAUUGCAUCGUGUUCAACAUUACGGUUCGAAAUGCUACAAGUGCACGAUUUGCGAUGAAACAUUUAAAAAUAAGAAAGAAAUGGAGGCGCAUAUUAAAGGUCAUGCCAAAGAUAUGCCCGAUGAUGAACCGGAGACAGCAACCGAAGCGACAGCAAAAUCGGAACCAGUCAAAAUGGAACAAGCAGCUGUCACAAUGGUUGUUUCACACACAAUAAGAGCGUCGCCAACAUCGACAAUGCCAAUGCUCUCACCGUCGCCAAACAGCAAUACAAGCGCAUCAAAUAUCUCAAUUAUGCCAACGCCACGAGACUCGAGCUCAGACACACAUUCCGAUGGCGAUGAAAUGUCAUAUUAUACAAAUAUUUUCACGCGUUUCGAUCAAAAGACGCCAAACCAUGAAUACAAAGUGCAAUCAAACGGAGGUGGAGUAAAUCCAGCUCUUUUGGCAGCCGUUUCAAUUGCUGCACAACAAAAUGAAGCCGAUGACUUGACAACGCUUCGACCACAUAUGCCAGCUGCGUCUGGACCCAGCUCGGCAACAAACGCACUAUUGGCCGCUGUUAGUGAACAGGACACAACCAUGGAUCCAAGCUUCAUUUAUGAACCACUUGCUGUUAUGCAUCAACAAGGAUACUUUAAUCCAGCACCUAGAGUCAGCGAAUACAAAUCUUCAAUACAUGCAUCGAACGACAUCGUAAAACGUGUUGAAGCUGCAUUAGCCAGUGCUGAAUUAACACCACCACGGUCAUCACCCGAAUCACCUGAUCGUUCGUCGUCGCCGGACAGUGACGUUGUUAUGGCCGAUCGUGAUGUAAUGAGUCUACCGUUGCGUAAGCGUAAAAAUUAUCCACGUGAUGGUCAAGGACCUGGUGCCCAAGGAGAUGAAAGCCAACCACCACAAAUAAUGCGCAUGAGUUCGGUUAUUCAAUUUGCAAAAGCAUCAUAAAUUCUACAAUAAAAUAUCUUUCUCACACUAGGUGUGCAGAUAAGUAAAAGAAAAACCGAAACGAAAAAACUUUCGAAAUUUUAACAUUUUGCAUAACCAAAAUUUGCCAUAAAAAAUGACACUUUAUAAAAAGCUACACGAUAAACAUAUUUAUUGCUUGAUUUGUAUUCAAUGAAAAGCGGUUUUCUCCACACUUUGAUAAAAUUCUAUUUAAUAAGAAAAGCAUAAAACACUUUAACUUUUAGAUAAAAUAAACGCAAGUCGUCGUAUCUUUUCUAAGCGAA